AUGCUUAUACUUAUUGCAGGCAUCUCAGGAAACAUGGGCCAGAAACUGGUUCACUCUCUUACUUCUCGAGGACACCAUGUUCGGGGUCUCGUGCGAGAUGCUUCCAAAAUGGCCUCUAAUAUCUACGCCUUAUUGGACGACUUCGUCACUUGUCCCGUCUACUAUGACAUUGCCGCAUUGGAUCGCGCCUGCACUGGCGUAGACGACAUUAUUUGCGCGUACGGUAUGGAUCCGCGCCUUCAACUGGAAGGGCAGUUGUUGCUCCUGCGCGCAGCCGAGCGGGCCAAUGUUGGCAUCUAUGUUACCGCAUGUUGGAACCACGAUUGGAGCAAGUUGGGUCUUGGCAAACAUGAGGCUUACGAUGCGCUCAUCAGUUUCCGCCAUCAUGUCGAAAUGACAUCUACCAUCAAGCCAAUAUAUGUAUACAAUAGCAUAUUCGCCGAAACAUUAUUUUCUACGAUCGGACAUGGCCAUGUCGGUCCAGACAUGCCCCUGGUCUGGGACCCAAACACCAAGACUAUGAACAUCUGGGGAACCGGCCACUCGAUAUGGUAUUGGACAACAGAACAGGACUCUGCGGAGUUCGCAGCUGAAAUCAUCCAACGGAGCGAUGCCGCCCAGGGCGGGUAUUGGAAUGUCUGCUCUGGGGCGAACUCUCUUCUUGAGGUAGCCAAGGUGUAUGAGCAGGAGCGUGGUAUUCAAGUCAUGCUGCAUAAGCUCGGUACCAUUGAUGACCUCAGGGAGAAAGCAUUGAAGGCCAGGAAGGAGGGAAGCAAAAUGGACUAUCAUUUGUAUAUUGGUUGGUUCUAUCAACUAUAUGCCAUUGAUGGUACCUGGGUCUUCCCCAAGUUGGACAAUGACAGGCUUAAUGUUAGGACCACAUCGUUGGUUGAGUUCCUUAAAAUGCAACCGGAAACUUAA